UCAGGAUUUUCGAGGCUCUGGGAUGACAAGAAAGCUGAAGAAGCUCGCUACUAUUUUAAUGUACAAGUUAACCGUUUGAAUCUUUUUAACUUCGCAUGAGAAGAUCAAUGAGAACAAGCUCUUCCUCUCCACCACUUCAUGUGCAUGUGAACGAGAGCACACCGGUGCACGUGCAUGUGAAGAAGAACAUGAAGAGCAGCCCUACCAAGACAGCCCAGGUUAAGCCCAAAAGCAGUUUGCGUCCAACUGCUAAGGUGAAGACAAGGGUCCCGUGGAUCCCACCUGGCAAGGUCGCAACUCGAGAGACCUCAUAUAAGUGGGAGGGACCUACCCAUCGUCUGGAGAUAACGCCUCUCUCAGAACCCGAGCGCUCCCAGUCUCCUCUCCGUAUGGAAGAUCUCUCCACUGAUGAAGAGGAGGUUCUGCAUGGACGCAUCAACCAGUAUGAGAAGAAGAUUGACAGCCUGAUGACAGAGGUCAGCUCUCUGAAAAAUGAGGUAGAGCUUCGUAAGAAGGAGCAGCAGUUAGAGCGUCAGUCUGAGAGGUUGAGCGUUUCACAGCGUGUCAUCGCUGUGCAGGAGGAGGAGCUUGCAGAGGUCGCUCGGGAGCUUGAAGCCACAGAACAGGAGAACUCGCGACUACGAGAGUCCAUGGAGAAGAUGCUGGGGGAAAGUGAUUUUGGGAGAUUAGAAAGGGAUGGUCUCCCGCUUGACAAAGAUGCUCUACUCAGGAAGUUGCUGGAAGCAGAGAUGGACAGUAGUGCAGCUGCCAAGCAGGUGUCGGCCCUUCGUGAAACUGUCAGCCAGAUGUCUAGGAGUGAGAAAAAGACAUCUGGGUCAGACCCGUCACUAUUGGCCCGACAGAAGGAUCUAUUACUUCAGAAGCUGGAGACUUUUGAGAGCACUAACAGAGCCCUAAGACAUCUUUUGAGAGAGCAGCAUAGUCGAGAGAUGGACUCACUGAGAAUCCUGGAGCAGAAAGAUGUUCUUCUGAAAAGGCUUUCUGAUGUGGAAGCAGAUAAUUCGCAUAUUCUAGUAAAGCUUCAGGACAAAGAGAGAGAAGUUAAUCAGCUGACUUCCUUAUUAGAGAAUGAGAAGGAGAGUUCAAAGACCACCUCUGAAUUAUCCAAAGUCCUGGAAUCCACCCGAGCCCACCUCCAGGGUCAGCUACGCAAUAAGGAGGCAGAGAAUAACCGUCUUAACGUUCAGAUCAGGAAUCUAGAGCGCUCUGUCAGCCAGCAGAAGGGGGAGAUGGAUCACCUACAGGAGCAGUUGCGAGAUCUUAAGCAGCGGGCAGAGGCUGAUAAGGAGGCCCUGAAGAAAGCCACAAGGGCACAAAAACAGAGGGCACAGCGCAGUGAAGACACCGUGGAACAGCUCAGCACCCAGCUCACGGAGAUAGAAUCUCAGUUGGCAGAUGCUGUGUCAACUGCAGAGAACUGGAGCAGUUUCCAUGCAAAAGAUAUUAAGGACAAGGGACAGCUAGAGAUGGAGAUCACUUUGCUGAACAGUCGUAUUACAGACCUGACGGAACAGUUGCAUGGGCAGGAGGAAAAGGCCCGAUCUGAAAGAGAUGGACUUUUGGAUCGGCUGCAUGAGCUCACUACAGAGAACACAACUAUUCGCCUGGAGAACCAGAGCCUUAAGGCCACUUUAUCUGCCUUGGAGGAGAAGUUGUCAUUGUCCCAGUCUGAGAUCCAGCAGGUCAAAGUCUCAGUGAAGCACUAUGAGAGUUUAGUGGACAGCUAUAAAGCCCAGGUGCAAAAGACCCGUGCUGAAGCAGACGAGUACUGUGCACGUCUGCAGGUGGCCGAACGUGAAGCUCAGACAGUUAGAGAAGAGUUGGACCAAGAGAUCCAGCAGGUCAGGAAGCAGCUCCUUUGUCGUGUGGCAGAGCUUGAGCCACUACCUGAAGCUCUGAGACGUGCUGAAGUGCAGUUGCAGAAGGCUCAUGAGAAAGAGCACACUCAAGAGAGGAGAAACCAUGAGCUCACCACGGCACUCGCAGAGCUACGCAUUAAGGUGGAGCAGCAGGGCAGUCAGGCAGAAAUGGUGCGACACAAGAACAUGGUGCUACUGGAGGAAAACAAGCAGCUUCAGCACAAAACUGAGGCUCUUGAACGAAAGAUGGAAGAGGCUAACUCCCAAAAUCGAGACCUCAUGCAGGUGAUAGCAAAACGUGAAGAAUCGAUUCACAACAACCAGGUUCGUCUGGAAGAAAAGUCUCAGCAGUGCAGUAUUCUCACCCGCCAGCUGGAGGAGGCGCUGGAUGAUGCUCGGCGGCAGGUUACUCAGACCAGGGAGCGGGCAGCUUCUAAAGAACGUGCUACACAGUCAAAAGUUGUUGACCUGGAGACUCAGCUGAGUAGGACAACAACCGAGCUAAACCAGUUACGACGAGUCAAAGAGGAGGCGGAACGGAGGUACCAGAGCCGUUUACAAGAUGUCAAAGACAGACUUGAGCAGUCUGACAGCACAAACCGUAGUCUUCAGAACUACGUCCAAUUCCUCAAAUCUUCCUACGCCAAUGUGUUUGGAGACUCUGCCCUUACCGGUUCCUCAUUUCACACACCUUCACCAAUCUGAUAGAUCUUUCAGGUUUCCUUCAAGACUUCCUUUAAAUGGCCUAACAUGCUUCAGUUACCUACCUGUCUCAACUGAUGACCUCUUGACUAUACUGUGCUUUGUGCUUUACUCUUUAACCCAUAUUUUUGAGAGGGCCAUUUCACACCAAGCAAGACUUGAUGAGGAGUCAAAUCUCUUCAGUAUUACAUAUCCAUUCUAAAAUGAGGAAUAUGAGUUUUUAUAAACAAGUUCUUGUCUUAUCUCUUGUUUGGUCAUGUCUCAAGACGGGUGUUAUGCUAUUAUCAGACUUCAAGCUCUUAUUAUCUUCAUGCAAUAACUCUGUACCACAACCCAAACUGAAAGGUUUUCUUCAACUUAAGCUUCUUUAAUUAACAUGGCAAUUAUGAAGCCUGCACUUAUACAUAUUAUGGAUUUCAUCUUCUGUGUUUAAUCUUUCACUGUCAUCUGCUUUUAAAACUUACGAUUUGCAUUUUAGAUUGUUGUAUCUGAAAAGACCGAUUCGACCCGCUAUAAAUUUUGAAUAUUAAACUGCAACCAGAAACUAAAACAUCAGUAUCUGAUAGCUGUGUGUUCUAAAAAGCAGUGCUACACUGGUCUGUAAUCUUAGAUCAAACCCUAAUCUCCACAAAAAACCCUAUAAAACAUUGUGACCUUCUUAAAUCUAGAUUUGCUUAGUAGCCAUCUUGAAAAGUUUAAGAGAAAAAAAUAACUAACUCUGGCUUUAUAAUUUCAUUUUUGAGCUCAAGUCAAGCAUCUUCAGUUAUGCCAUGGCCAUUAUUUAGAUAUAUCAAUAUCUACAAUGUUGCAAUUUAAGUGAUGAUUAUAGAACUCCUUUCAACAAGUAACAACUGUGCAGAUAUAUCUAUAUAUUCAGAACUAAUGUUACACCUCUUUUCUUCUCGAUGCGAUUGAAUUCCAAUGAUGGAAUUUCAAAGGGUGCUAUGAUUUUGUUUUUAACUGAAAUUAGCCAUCUAUCUUUCAAUUGUCUUUUGUUUGAAAUCGUACUUGCACUGUUGUUGUUUUAUUUAUUUGAUCUAUUGGUUAUUUUAUGUGAAAUAUCCAAACAGUAAAGCUUCACUGUUGUUUGUGCUUGUAUGAAAUGCAAUAGGCAGUACAUGUAUUUUUAAUUGGUAAAAAUAUUCUGUAUACUUAUCAAGUGUAUAAUUUGUACUGAAAUUUAUUAAAGUCUCUUCA